ACUUUUAUGGCUUUGACCUGAGCACAAUACAGCAGGAAGGAAAGAACAGGAUAUGUAUUUGCAAAUACCGUAGCACAGAUAUGUCAAGGUUCAUGCCAUUGCCGGGUGAAAGCAGUGUUCGUUGGCUAUUUCAGGUUUUUUUGGUCGGGGGUGAAAGGAUUUCCAUUCUUUUGGGCUUCGAUUGACUGCUAUCCUAAAACGGCUCCAAACCAUCUGCUACAUUGAAGGCUUCUGGUAGUCCAAGCGUCAGAGGAAGACAUCGACCAUUCAAGAGAACAUAAAACUCCUGGAUGUGCUUCAGGAAGGACCAAGUUACCUACGGUUCGCCAUUACAGAUAAAAGUUAUGGAGUCUUAUCUUUGUUGUGCCCAAAACAAAUUUCAGAACCUCACAUAGACCCACACAUCUUUGACCAGUCAGCAGCUGCUGCCAGGCCCACUGGGAGCAAUUUACUGCACGUGCAAAACUUCAACUGUAGAAUCUCAUUUGAACUACCAACCCUAAUACUGUUGUUACUGCAAAUGUACAGCGUGUUCUAUACAUUGUAUGCUUGCAUUUCUUGAUGUUUAAAAUGUAUUUUUUUUUUCAAUAGGUUUAAAUGUGGGUGGCACGGUGGUGGAGCAGCUGGUAAAGCGUUGGCCUCACAGUUCUGAGGACCUGGUUCAAUGUGUGAACUUUGCCUGUUCUCCCUGUGACUGCGUGAAUUUUCUCCGUGUGGGGAUUCCGGUUUCCUCCCACAUCCCCAAAACAUGCAACAUUAAUUCGACUCUCUAAAUUGCCCCUAGGUGUGAUUGUGAGUGCGACAAUUGUCCGUCUCUAUGUGCCCUGCGAUUGGCCGGCAACCAAUUGAGGAUGUCGUCCCCCCCCCCACCCUUCCUGACUGUUGCUCCAGCACACCCCGUGACCCGCAUGAGGAUAAGCGGCAAAGAAAAUGGAUCGAUGUUUAAAUGUGUUUGAAGCAUGGGGGAUGGGUAAAACUAAACUGUUUUGCUAAAUGAAUACCAUAAAUAUUACAGGACGUUUUGAUGACGUUAAAGUUCCUGUUCCUGUGCCAUCAGAAUCAAGUUAUUAUGACUGUUUUACGCGUAACAUAGAUCAUAAUGUGUCUUUUAUCUGGUUUAAGUUUUACACAUCUGCGCAGUGUGUCGAUUUAAGGAAAUCACUCAUCUCGGGGUAGUAGCAAGGCGGCUGCGUUUUAUGCAAAUCUUAAACUUUGCAUCAGCUCCCAAACUCAAAGCAAUUGCAGAAUAAAUUGUUUCCAUUUAUUUUGGAAGAAAUUCGUGAGCAUUUUGGAACCAUAAUCAUGCCGUGUUCUGUUCGUGGAGGAUGUCUUUGUGAAAUAAGCUUUCACACACCCCUGGAAGUGAAUUUCCAGGUUUUGGAGCCAGCCAGCCAGCCAGCCAGCCAGCACAAGCCAUCCAAAAUCCAGUAUAUGAAAGCAUACGUGUUGUGGUUUGAAAUAAUACUCUGCUACAUUUAUGAUGUUAAAUGUAACAUUUGAUGGUCACUGUCACCCGAGGAUAAUAGAUGAUUCCAAGUUCUGUAGUCCCAAGUACCGAGAGAAUCCUGUCCGGGCUCAACACGGCUGGAGACGAAGGGAUUGUGAAGCGAUCCGACAGCGCCAUCUGUUGACCGAAGGCGCUCGGUGUCGCCGCUUUUGCCACCCUGACACACCACCAGCACCCUCCCAUCGCCGCAAAACACAAGCACAGGCCGGCCAACUAUUCGUCUCGCAACAAGGACGACCAGGACCUUCGCAAUGUCUGACAUGGAGGACGAUUUCAUGUGUGAUGACGAAGAGGACUACGACCUGGAGUACUCAGAGGACAGUAAUUCAGAGCCCAACGUGGACCUGGAGAACCAGUACUACAACUCCAAAGCGUUGAAGGAGGAUGACCCGAAAGCAGCACUCAGCAGUUUCCAGAAGGUAUUGGAAUUAGAAGGCGAGAAAGGCGAAUGGGGCUUCAAGGCACUGAAGCAGAUGAUUAAAAUCAACUUUAAGCUGACUAAUUUCCCAGAGAUGAUGAACAGAUACAAACAGUUGCUGACGUACAUCAGAAGUGCCGUCACCAGGAACUACUCGGAAAAGUCCAUUAACUCCAUUCUGGAUUACAUCUCCACCUCUAAACAGAUGGAUUUACUACAAGAAUUUUACGAGACUACUCUAGAGGCAUUGAAAGAUGCAAAGAACGACAGACUUUGGUUUAAAACCAACACAAAGUUGGGGAAGUUAUACCUUGAGAGAGAAGAGUAUGGCAAGCUGCAGAAGAUCCUGAGACAAUUACACCAGUCUUGCCAGACGGACGAUGGAGAGGACGACCUGAAGAAAGGCACGCAAUUGUUAGAGAUCUACGCUCUGGAAAUUCAGAUGUACACGGCGCAAAAAAACAACAAGAAAUUGAAAGCCCUGUACGAGCAGUCGCUGCACAUUAAAUCUGCCAUCCCGCAUCCGCUCAUAAUGGGCGUCAUCCGAGAGUGCGGCGGCAAAAUGCAUCUGCGGGAGGGGGAAUUUGAGAAAGCCCACACGGACUUCUUUGAAGCCUUUAAAAACUACGACGAGUCUGGAAGUCCGAGGAGGACGACGUGUCUGAAGUACCUGGUGCUAGCUAACAUGCUAAUGAAGUCGGGAAUCAAUCCUUUUGACUCGCAAGAGGCCAAACCCUACAAAAAUGAUCCAGAAAUCCUCGCAAUGACGAAUUUAGUAAGCGCCUACCAGAACAAUGACAUCACUGAAUUUGAGAAAAUCUUGAAAACAAAUCACAGUAACAUAAUGGAUGACCCCUUCAUCCGAGAGCACAUAGAGGAGCUACUGCGUAAUAUUAGAACUCAAGUACUUAUCAAACUCAUCAAACCAUACACAAGAAUACACAUCCCUUUCAUUUCUAAGGAGCUGAAUAUCGACGUUUGUGAUGUGGAGAGUCUGCUGGUGCAGUGUAUUUUGGAUAACACAAUCCACGGGCGGAUCGACCAAGUCAACCAGCUACUAGAACUCGACUACCAGAAAAGGGGAGGGGCUCGCUACACAGCUUUAGACAAAUGGACAAAUCAGUUGAACUCUCUCAACCAGGCCAUUGUGAGCAAGCUCACAUGAUGCCACGGAAAAAUUAUCAAGAGACAAGGAAAAAAAAAAUGGCAUGUUUGAAUACAUCCAUCAAGUAGUCUACGGUGCCCCGGAGACGAGAGACGCCGCACAUUUUGGGAAAAACGCACCGAUUUUCAAAAAAAAGAGCCUUGAGGAAUGUGUUGUUUUGUCCUGACGAGAGGAAAUCACUGACACUGUUGUUUUUUUCCAUGUAUCGGAUUGACGGAUCGCCCCAUGUGCAGAUAUAUUGGUUGUCCAAAUGUGUAUGUAUGAGAAGAUACACAGACAGUAAAGUAUUUUAAUGUAUACUGUUGCCUGUUGGUAAUAAACAAACUACUGUCAGCACUUAAUAGGUUGAACUUGAAAUUGGAGUACUUUCAUUAUGACGAGACACCUUCCAUUUAGCAUUUAUUUGAUAUCCGUCUGAUGGUCCGUAUACUAGUACGCUUUUUUUCUGCGCUCUAGUUUUAUGCUCCUCGUCCUCACUAGUAGUAAAUCUGUGCCAUACUAGGACAACUAUACAGCUUUAAUGAGGCAAAACUGCACUGGUUGACAUCUGUGAUACUAGGACGAGAUGUGAAGACGUUAGUCGCUACUAGAAUUCUGUCAUGUCAUUGCUAGUACUGGUUGCACACGGUUAUCAUCUAGUGCACAGGUUUGCCUCGCUAGUGCUGUCGGCUGAUACUACGCCAAAGCAUGCCUACUAGUGAAGUCAAAAAGUGCACUAGUAUUGCAGGCAUCCUAAUGUGGAUAUCAAACAAAUGCCGCAAAGUUUAAAGUUCGUGUACUAGUCUCCGCUGUCCUCACUAGUAAGACGAUCGGAUAUCAGAGAAAUGGCUCACCGUAAAGCUUGUAUGAGCGUUUGAUCAGCGCGCUAGUUGUCAUUCAUAAUUCAGCGCGCUAUUAAAAAAUGGGAGUCAGUGAUGGUGCAGUGGUAAACACGCCUCACUUCGGUGCGGGUAGCGUGGGAUCGAUUCCCGCUCAGCGACGGUGUCGAUAUCUGUCCCCGUGACUGACUGUUGCCCAAAGAUAGCUGGGAUAGGCUCCAGCUCUCCCGUGACCCAUGUGAGGAUAAGCGGCUUGGAUGACGGCGGCAUUAGAAAAUCGAAUAAAUACUGAAAUGGCUCGUCAUGAACCUUUUAUUCGUGAAAUUACUGGUGAGGACAAAGCGUAACCAGUAGCUGCGUGCGUUUGGUUGUUAAACAUCAUUUUUAGUCGAAAAUGUUGUUUAAAAACUUAAUAUGAUAAAAUUAAUCGGUUUUUGCCAUCAACUUGAUCAGCAACUUAAUUUUCUGCUUGUCUAUCCUAUGGAUAUUGUGAAUUUCCCUUGUGGAUAAAUAAAGUAUAUCUACAUUGGAGACGAUACGAGAACAGCCGAUGUUUAUUUGGGGUUAAUCGGCGAUUGCUGGUUGAAGGUAUUUUUUGUUUCGUUAAGUACGUCUCGUUAUCACAUUUGGAAAAGUUGAAUAAUAGAUAAGUGCUGAUGUGGAACAGUCAAUUUUUUUUAACAUAUUACAUUGAGAAAUUUUGUUUGUAUUUGUUAGCCAACAAAAAUCGUCAUUAAUAUAAAAAUUGCACAAAAUAUGAGCCAGAA